AAAAGGCGGCCAUAAUGGCACGGGAAUGAGAAGUCGACAAUUCGUUAGUCAGUCACCGUUUGCGUCAGUGUUUGUUGUGACUAAAUAAAAACUAUAAAACCUGCACCAUCCGCAGUAAGUGACGUUUUUAAAAAAUCAUGAAAUAAACCUAAAACGAAAAAGAGUGAAAUUUGUUUAUUUUCUUGACUAUCUGCACUUUAUCUUGGAUGGAUAGUAUGGUUAUAUUUGGAUGAGAUUAUAUUACAGAUAAAAAUGGGCAGAUGUGUGAUAAAAGGUUGUCCGAAUACACAUCGACGACACGCACUAGCCCAGCCAAGAGUCAGCUUUUAUACAUUCCCGAAAAAUAAAGAGUUUGCUCAAAAAUGGGCGGAAAUUGUUGGUCUCGAAAAAGUGCCCAAGUCAUGGGCCAGAAUAUGUUCGAUUCAUUUUCGGCCUGAAUCUUUCAGACCAAAAACGUGGGUUCAACAGCAGUUGGAUUAUUUACCAACUAAGGGUGCUCCAAGAUUACGUGAUGAUGCAAUCCCAACUGAAAAUUUGAGAUACGAAAUCUUUGGAGGAAAAAAGUCGAAAUCGAAAUGCUUAAGAACUGUACCAGUGAAUGUGGAAAAGCGGGAAGUUACGAAAGAAGACUCUCUGCUUACAGUAGACCUUCUCUGCGACGAUUUGUCUGAACCAGAAACAUCUGAUCAUAGAAUGAAUAGCGAACGAACGGAUGAAGAGAUAUUUCCGGAACCUUCUAUAGAUACUGAUGUCGAAAUUGACCACGAAGAUCUCGUUGCUAAAUACAUCAAGGAAAAAAAGAAGGUAGUUUUGUGGAAAACUCUCUGUCAAAUAUAUAAAGAAAGGGCAGAGUUUGCCGAGAAACAACUGCAAGAGAUCAUGGAUUUGGAUAAUAGAUAACUGCUUUCAUUUUUAAUCAUUUUUAUGGAAUAAGGAAUACGUUUUAAAUAAUCAAUUUAGCGUGAUCUAUAUAUUCCGAAUAUGUAAUUUGACAUGGACAUUUUUUGUACUUCAUUUUUUUAAAAGAAAUUAGCUCAAAAUGUUUCUUCAUACGAUAUAGCAAAAAUAAAAUAAACCUUUUUUACAACUGAAACAGAAGAAAAUGUAAUGCCAUAGUUUAUUUGUUAGUUAAGUUUCACCAAUUCAGAAGUUAAACGUUAUUGUUGAAAAAAAAAACAAGUUUUAAAAUAAAGAGUUGUAAAAGUUUGCCAAACAGAA